AUGUCUACGUAUGCAGGCAAUGAAAAAGCCACCAUGAGCGAUGAACGCACGCCUCUCAUUGCCGUCGUGCAAACACGUCCACACCGCGACCGAUACCCGCACCACCGCCUGCGAUACGUCUGCACGCUCUUCCUGUCGAUUUCGCUUUUCACGGGGCUCAUUGCUGCUGUGCUUAUUCUCAACUUCCUACCGCUCGGCGACGGUGAUUCGGAUACAGCUGCGGGGAUAUCGCGAUACUUGCCCGGGAAGCUGCCAGAAGGAUGGCCGAACUCGAGAGGGCUGGACUACGAGGACCUGGUGGACAUCUUGAUGGAGACGCCUGAUAGCGAAAAGGCGAGGGAAUAUAGCAGUUAUUACACCAGCGGCCCGCACCUGGCCGGCAAGAACCUGAGCCAGGCUAUCUGGACGAAGGACAAGUGGGAGGAGUUCGGCGUGCCCUCGCUGAUUGUGGAUUACGAUGUGUACCUGAAUUACCCUAAGGGACACCGCCUCGCGCUUCUAGAGAAGAAGGGCGAGAAGCAUAUCGAGGGAGAAGACGAGUGGAAGAUCAAGUACGAAGCAAGCUUGGAGGAAGACGUACUCAAAGAGGAUGCAACCAGUGAGCUGAAGGACCGCGUUCCGACGUUCCACGGUUAUAGUGCUUCUGGCAACGUGACGGCUGGCUACGUCUACGUCAACUACGGUACCUACAGAGACUUUGAGGAGUUGCAGGCCGCUAAUGUUACGCUCGAGGGCAAGAUCGCGCUCGUCAAAUACGGCCGCGUUUUCCGUGGCCUCAAGGUCAAGAGGGCACAGGAACUUGGGAUGCUUGGCGCGAUCAUCUACACCGAUCCCGGGGAUGAUGGAGAAGUCACCGAGGAAAAUGGAUAUGCGGCAUACCCCGACGGCCCAGCGCGUCAGCCGAGCAGCGUCCAGCGAGGCAGCACUCAGUUCUUGAGCUUCGCUCCUGGCGAUCCAACAACUCCAGGCUACCCUUCCAAGCCUGGUGCUCCCCGUCAAGACACCUCUCACGCGAUUCCUUCUAUCCCCUCCAUUCCCAUCUCCUACCAGGAUGCCCUUCCGUUGCUAAAGGCCCUGAAUGGCCACGGACCCAAAGCCUCGUCGAUCAACUGGAAAGACGGCGGUCUUGGAUACAAGGGGGUCGAGUACAAUAUUGGACCUUCUCCAGACCACCUCUCCAUCAACCUCGUCAACGAACAAGAAUACGUCACGACACCACUGUGGAAUGUCAUCGGCAUCAUCAACGGAACGAUCCCUGAUGAGGUCGUUGUCUUGGGAAACCACCGAGAUGCGUGGAUUGCAGGCGGCGCUGGCGACCCAAACAGCGGAUCUUCGGCUUUCAAUGAGGUUAUUAGAAGCUUUGGCAUUGCUCUGCGUGCAGGCUGGAAGCCCCUACGAACGAUUGUAUUCGCGAGCUGGGACGGCGAAGAGUAUGGGCUUGUUGGUUCGACGGAAUGGGUCGAGGAGUACCUCCCUUGGUUGUCGGCUUCCACUGUCGCUUAUCUCAACGUCGAUGUCGGCACCAAUGGUCCGCACUUCAGGCUCUCGGCUGCCCCGCUCUUGGAGAAGGUUGUCGUAGAUACGAUUGAUUUCAUCCAAUCGCCCAACCAAACCGUACCCGGCCAAACUGUCAGCGACGUCUGGGACAAGCGCAUCGCGACAAUGGGCUCCGGCUCUGACUUUACCGCCUUCCAAGACUUCGCCGGCAUCCCCUCGAUAGACAUGGGCUUUGGCUUCGACCCGCGCUCCGCCGUAUACCACUACCACUCCAACUACGAUUCCUUCUCUUGGAUGGAGAAAUACGGUGACCCCUCCUUCCAAUACCAUGAGACCAUUGCAAAGAUCUGGGCGCUUGUCGCCGUGAAGCUUGUCGAGACGCCAGUGCUGCAGCUGAACGCUACGCGGUACGCAGAAGGUCUUCGACGCUACGUCGAUAGCGUCAAGAAGAAGGCGUACGAAUCAACCGCUAGGCCAGAUUUCCAAGCCCUAGAUGCGGCGGUCGCACGGUUCCACUUCGCGGCUACCAUUCACGACGGCACGGCGGCUGCGCUUCUUCAGCAGCUCUACGAUAACGACAUUCCGUGGUGGAAGUUCUGGGAGAAAUUCCAGCUCUACUACGCCGUCCGCCGCAUCAAUACCAAAUAUAAGUUCUUGGAGAGGAAGUUUCUCCAUGCUGAUGGGUUGGACGGCAGAAGUUGGUUUAAGCAUGUUGUGUUUGCGCCGGGAAAGUGGACGGGGUAUGCUGGGGCGACGUUUCCGGGGAUUGUGGAGGCUAUUGAUGAGGGGGAUGAGGUUGCUACAUUGAAAUGGACUAUUAUUGCGACGAAAGUGGUGGAUGGGGCGAGUGAUUGGUUGGAGGAGGAGUAG